AUGGCCAAGUCUCGCAAGACCAUCUUAAUUACAGGGUCUGUAGUCCCUGCCACUUGCCGUUUUUGGGAGAGAAAGCUUAGGCCGAUACGGCGGUACCUUUUUUACAGAUGCAGUCGCGGCGGUAUCGGUGACGCUCUCGCGCGUAGAUUCCACGAAGCUGGUUUUGAUGUCUUCGCCACCGCGAGGAGCCUCAAUAGUAUGGAGCAUCUUGCUUCAGUCGGAAUUCGGACCAUGGCGUUGGAUGUGACCGACAUACAAGCCCUUCGUAAAGUCAAGGCCAAUAUUUCCGAGAUUACGGGUGGCAAGCUGGACAUCCUUGUGAAUAAUGCCGGACUAGCUUAUCCUGUCGCCGCCACGGACUUCGAUAUGUCCGAAGUUCGCCCCUUGUUCGAAGCGAGCCUCUUCGCAGUGAUGACUAUGGUUCAAGAGUUCGUCAAUUUGCUCAUCGCCUCCGGAGACGCGUGCAUUGUACAGACCGGAAGCGUCUCAGGAUUCACUCCCGUACCGUUCAGUUCAGCCGCCUAUAAUGCGUCCAAGGCUGCUCUGCACGCGUAUGGCAACACAAUCCGCGUCGAAUUGGCGCCAUUCCAACUCGCAUAUGCUGAUGCUGUGCAGAUCAUCACGGGCGCCGUCAAGAGUAACAUAGCAAAACCACGUUCGCUACCCUCUAACUCUUUGUAUCGCCCAAUGGAGAAGCUCUAUCAGGAGCGUCAUCUUAAUACUUCUCAGCAGAACGCCACUGACACUGAUGUGUACGCGCACGAGGUCGUGUCUGAAGUUCUGAAGCCAAAUCCGCGUGCAUGGUUCUGGGCUGGGGCACGAACUAUGUCGGCGUGGGUCGUGGAUACCUUCUUGCCCAGACGUACCUUCGUAAGUGUUCCGUUGGUCGCCUUGAUGUUCAACGAUGCAGGGACUCAUUAUGUUCCAGGACUUGAUCAUGAAUAA